AAAGGACCGAUUUCUUAACAUUGUCAAAUCUUUUAAAAACCCUAAUUUGAUUCUCUGAGCUUAUUGAGAACGAAGAAGAUGGCGGGAGAGGCAGUGAACCCUAAGGCGUAUCCGUUAGCAGAUUCUCAGUUAUCGAUAACAAUACUGGAUCUUGUUCAACAAGCUACUAACUACAAGCAGCUUAAGAAGGGAGCUAAUGAAGCUACCAAGACAUUGAACCGUGGGAUCUCUGAGUUCGUUGUUAUGGCUGCUGAUGCUGAACCACUUGAGAUUCUUCUUCAUCUUCCUUUACUUGCCGAAGAUAAGAAUGUGCCGUAUGUGUUUGUACCUUCGAAGCAAGCAUUGGGAAGAGCAUGCGGAGUAACGAGAUCUGUGAUCGCUUGUUCAGUGACAUCGAACGAGGCAAGCCAGUUGAAGUCACAGAUUCAGCACCUGAAGGAUGCGAUAGAGAAGCUCCUGAUCUAAGGAAUUUUGUUCGGUAUGAAGAGUCUCUGCAAUGUGGAGUGGCUCUGACUGAAGUUAGUUUGUGCAAUUUACGUAUUUGGAGAUUGUAUUGUGAGAGAUUUUGUAUCUACUGGUGUGUUCAUGCAUUAUUUUGUGGAACAUCAUCACUCAUUUGUGCAAUUGAGUUUCUUAGAUUUGGA